UCAGAUACGGCGCCACUCGUCGGGCUAGGAGCACGUUCAGUUUGGAUAAAAUUCGACGUUUUCAGCAUGAAUCCUGCUUCUGGUCGAGCCACCAUAAUUCUUUUAUUCGUUAUCUUUUCAUUCAAGUGGUAAGCUUCGUGUUUUGUUUUACACUGGGCAUUUCCAUUUCAACAUACACUGCCUGUUGUUAUUCUGGCUGUUCUAGCUACAUUAGGACGUGUCUCUUUCACCGAGCGGUAUGAUGAAUUUAGCCGUGCAAAGCUCACAAGUUUCUGUGGCAAUAUUCAAUGUUAGCAUUUCGCUUUGAUAUUUCAAAUCGGCGUCUCUCGAAUCUUUUCCACCCAGAAUAUUUUUCAGUACCAACGGAAUAAGUUCUCCAGUUCGGGGGAUUUUACCGCGCAUUUUCAUGUACAACAUAUAUAGGUCUUAGAUUAGUUAGUUAAGAACGGGUUUUUUAAAAUUUGUAGAUGGAAAUCUCGGGUGUAAAUUUUACACAUUUAUCAGUUAGACCUAACCCAGUGCAACUUUUGCACCCUGGCAGGAAUCGAAGCUGCGGCCCUGUGAUUCCCUGCUCAAACCAACUCAGCUACAGAGUCCAGUUGUCGAACUCUAUAAUCACAAAUUCAUGUAUAUAAAUACUAAAGUGAUUCCAAUGUUAUAAGGUGUACGGGACCUGCUUAUUCCGGCUACUUCCCGUGUGUGUAAACCACCGAAAGCAUCUAGCGUCCCAUUUCUUUGGAUAACGUUGUACGCACUAGUAACUCAACGGCCAAAGACGUUUUUAGGGCUUUUUUGACAAUGAAUUUUACAAUUUUAGUUCUGAUGAACUUGCCAAGCUACCAGCCAAACGACCGAAAGGAAAACUAGAAGAAAAUAAAUGUCGCUACAAAACCUCAAAAGUUUUGUACCAGAUGAAAGACGUCAGGUCUCUCCAUUGCCGCCACAUUCCUUUCUCGUGCGGUUUGAAUCCAAAUUACCCACCGUCUGCCAACUGUUCCAUGGUCAGGUAUGGAUCGUGUUAUUGCUUUCAUGAGAUUUAAGCGCUUUUUCAUGCCAUAUCCUUCUAAUUUUAAUGUUUUUACACAAAAAUUGUUAACUUUCCCAAUGAUUUUCAACCUAUAGAUGUAUCAAGACAAAGAAAUCCGUUCCAUUCAAAAACGUUUUACGGCAAAUCAAGACGGUUUGUUGUCCUGGAUGGAAGAAAAAUGAAGCGUCCAAAAAUUCUGGUUGUAGUGUGGGUAAGAAUGGCAUACUGUACCAACAUACCAAUUGUGAUAUAGUAUAAUACUAAAGAGUGGAUAUAACAAAGAAAUCGGGCGCAUUGAUCAAAGGAGCAAAACAUUCGAGUUGGUCACUGCCUGUUGAUGACCACAUAGAGUUAGAUAUUUUCUAUACUUGGUGUAUAUUUUUCUACACUUCUACAAAAUGUUCAAAUUUGUAUGUAUUGUGUAAUUCUUAUUCAUAUCCAUCCUCGGUCCCAGGGCCUCACGGCUGACACUGCCGCGAGACCCUGGGACCGAGGAUGAUUCAUAUCUUUCUAUUUGUAACAGAAACAAACAUCACUCUUCCCCAGUUCACGCCACCCGGUUGUGUAAAACUCCGCCUGGGUCAACUCUAUCACAAACAACUCAUCUAUCGUUUUACAACCCCUCCUCCCUCCCCGCCCACCGGCGAAAUUACCCCCGCCAACUUCAUCCAGUUUUUAAAAUGUCCUGUCAUUAACCUGACCCUACACCAGAUAGCUGGCCUGGCUGUGAGAAACCCACACGAGAGCAAGUGGGUCCAGGCAUAUUUUGAGUUAAAUUCAAUCCUCCAGAAUUUCACUAUCCACGUACAGAAAAGUGGAAUGUUCAAUGACCUGGAAAAGUUCUCAGAUUAUGCUAAGAUCAUUGAUGCGUUCCAGGAAAGAAUAGUAAGUUGUGAUAUCAUGCUAGUAAUAUCACGUGUUUCAAUGGGAAGGGCACGUGUCCCAGUUCUCUUAUAUUUCAUAUAACCCACUGUCUUUCCAUAUAGAACGAAACGAGAAUGCGCCAAUAUUGUAAAUUUCCAUCGAACGGAGAAAAUUUCAAAGAUAUUAUAACUGAUAAUGUUUGGCAGAAUGAUAAGGUUUUUGUUGAACAGCGCUUAGCAGGACUCAAUCCAAUGUCUAUCCGAAAGCUCAAUUUGAAAGGUAUAAAACAUUUUAAGGGAUGGUUUUGUCGACACUUAUUUAAUAUGGACAGAUCUAAUACGAGCACUUUCCUGUGUUCCUUCGGCGUCUGUAUUGAAGAUGUUCGACUGUACCAAUUAAAACACCAGUUUCAACAAAUUUAAGAAAGUAGAAGUAAAAUCUUUAAGUUCAUUUCAGAAUAUAUCGAGCGUCGGUCACAAUUCAACCCGGUCUUGGACAAAGAAAUGGAAAAACUUAGCAAGGAGGCAACUGACAUGGAAAAGGUAAAAUAUUUUAAUCACACCGUGUUGAGUGUGUCUGCAUGACUAAGCUCAUUAGUGCUAUACUCCAGCUCAUUAGUGCUAUACUCCAGCUCAUUAGUGCUAUACUCCAGCUCAUUAGUGCUAUAUACUCCAGCUCAUUAGUGCUAUAUACUCCAGCUCAUUAGCGCUGUCUAUAGCCUGGUAGAUUCAGUUACGAAAUUAUUAAUCUAGCAUGCAGAGGUUCAGAUAUUAAACUGAAACUUAGAUUAAUAAACAUAAACAGACCAAGUUCGAAGCAACCAUAACAAGGUUUUAAUGAAAUUCUAUGUGACAAAAAUGAUUGCUUUGAGGUUUAUUAUAAGCAGUAUUGCUUAAAAUCAGAGAGCAAACAAUUACCAAUAUCUGUAUAGGCUAUUUUUCUGAAAAGCUAGAUGUCAAUUAAAAUUCGGCUCUCGCCUUCAGCCUGGAUAUAGUAAAUAUAAAAAACCUCGACUCUUUCAAUUUUUUGCAGAUGGUGAAAAAAGGUUUGGUUUAUAUCCUAGACUAUCCUGUCAUGAACAACGCGACAACAGUUUCUGACAUCACCGAUCUCAAUUCCAAAGAUCAACGUGAAAUGAAGUCAUCAACAAGUCCAAUCGCCAUAUUUGUUUCGCUGUUCGACAGUUUCACUGGAAAACGUGAACUCAAACCCCUCGCAAUUCAAACCGAUUUCACUCCAUGUAAGCCAUGCACGUGUUAAACGUACUCACUAGAUAUAUGCGACGUUAAGUUCGGGUGCAAAGUACAUAUGUGAUUUUUGGUAUGGGUAAUGUAUGUGCCUGCAUGUGGGUCAAACUAAGAAAAAAUUAAUAAUACAUCUUUGUGGCAAAAAAGCUCAUCUUGAUCAACUUUUUUUAAUGUUAAAGUCAUGGGCGUACCGGGCGGGGGGGCGCGGUAGCCCCCCCAGUUUUUUGGGCAGUCGGGCAAUAUUCGCUAAACAGUCGGGCAAUUUUGGUGAAUUAAAAAAAAUAAAUGGGACAAAUUCUGUAAAUGUUGCGGAAAAUUUCGUGAAAUUUCCCAAAAUUUUGUAGGUUCCGGACAAUUAUGGUAUGUCCGGAAAAAAUUUUUGACCCCUAAAAUGGCACACUGACCGAAAUUUUUUUGGCGACGGGGGGGGGGUCGCCAAAACAAAUUCCGGAAAAAAAAUUUUCGGUACUUGUCGGGCAAAAUCCGGAAAAGUCGGGCAAAUUUCUUGCCGCCCCCCUAAAUUUUUCCUUCCGGUACGCCCAUGGUUAAAGUUACCUGAUGUUAUAUCAUAUUUACGUACCAGAGGUAUUUACGUACCGGAGGUAUUUACGUACCGGAGGUACGCCUGGUCCUGAAUAUUAUGGUCUGGUACUUCUUUCAGCCAAGUACCACGUUACAUUUUUCUGGUACCAUAUAGCAUUUUCAAGCGCAGAGUAUUCAAAACCGUAAUUAAAAGUCCUGGUCAAACGAGAGUUGAUAAAAGUUGGCAUUCACAAAUUGUUACAGGGAUAUUUCAAGCUCUAAAUUAACAAAAUAUAGGUUUGAUCAACUUCAAGAAAAUAUGCAUGAUAAGUCGCGUAUUUGCCAACGUACUCUCGUGCACUUUCGUUUGAUUCGGGCUUAGGUAUAGGUAUAAGUAAACUUUAACGUCGCCAAUAUGGCAUGAAACACGACUGCACUGAUGAUGAGAUGGGUUGGGACUGUUGGACACAGUUGUAGUGUUUUCAUAUUAAAUUGUGCUCGGUAACAUUCAACCACACAUUUCUAGGUUCACCGGUGUUCACUCCAAGAGAUGGCUUAAAAUGGCUGCUGGCUAAAGAGAUGGUGCAACGAGCAGAUAUCCAAUAUGUCGAAAUCAUCGAACAUUUAUUAAAAACACAUUUCUUGCUCGGCUCUGUAUGCAUUGCCGUUGAACGACACAUCUCAGAAUACCAUCCAUUGUACGACAUACUGAAAUAUCACUGUCGUGGUGUUCUAGUCACAAACCGUUUGGCUUUUCCUACCUUACUAUAUCCAAAAACAUCUCUUCACCAUCUGUUCACAAUUGGUCAUGUUGGUAGUAUUGAAAUACUGAACAAAGCAUUUCCUAGCGUAACUUGGAAGGAUGCGAACUUUGUUGCAGCUUUAAAGGUAGGCCAAAAAACAAAAUCCAAGACUUAACCAUGAAUGAAAAAUGUAUACUAUAGAAAUCUUGUUACGCAAACAAUAAGCUAGUGUGUCGCUUGUAAACACUGAAAAUAGAUUGAAAAUGAUUCUUACUAAUAACUUAAGUACAUAUAAGGUAUAUCAUACAAGAAUUUGUGUCGUUAGCCUCAUGCAGUUAUGGUAGGACUUCUCUGCAUGUAAUUAUGAAGCACCUCGUUGAAGAACCGUUGUCUUUUAUCUAGAAACGGGGGGUGAAUGAUCGAACAAAGCUGCCAUAUUUCCCAUACAGAGAUGAUGGAACCAUUAUAUGGAAAAUGGUUAAAGAAUUUGCAAGAGAACUUGUUGAUCUGUAAGUUCUUCCUGAUAUAUGUAGAACCAUCUAUCAAUUUAUCGAUUUGCAAAAACAAACCAUAAUUAAUGACCAUUGUUGGGCGCAGGAGAGAAUCGAUAUUGGUGAACUUUCCGAUGCAAUAGUAGAAUAUUUAUGGCAGCAAACAGAUAUAAUUGCAUAUCUUAAUUGUUCAUACAUACGAACUUGCUCUCACCAAGAGCAUGCUCAUCCAAAACAACCACGAAGAAAGUGAGCUUUCCAUUACUCCUCAGUCCUCAUAAAUACUCAUUAACGUCAGAGUGCUCGACACCAAAAAGGCGAAAUGAAGGAGCGUAGUAUCAUCUGCAGACGUCCUUCAAAUAUGAUGAGCACUACAUUAUUAAAUUAACAUUUUUAAUGCCAGUUGACUGCCAUCCGAUGCACAGCGCUGCAUGCAUUAUGGAAACCCACAUGCAUCUAUUUGAAUUUUGUUUCCUCUUAGAUAUUAUCACAAAUCAAAGUUUGUUUCACAAGACAUAGAACUCCAAGCUUUCGCAAACGAGUUGUCUGAUAAGGGGAUUGGACCCGAUGGCGGAAAAGGAAUGGUAAGGAAUAUACUAUGAAUAUACCCAACGCUGCAUGCUUAUGCCCAUCGCGAUCCAAUUCACAUUUUUGGUUAACUCGCAUGCCUUGCAACCGUUGUUCUCACGAUAUAGCGCAGAAUGGAACGAAGAUAGCCAAACACGUUAAGUCAAAGCACCCAUAAAAUAGCAAAAUACCUCACCCUCGACCUACAGUAGCAGGCUUAACUCAGCGGUGAGGCAGCACACUAACCACAUCUGCCGAGGGCACGCGUUUGUCAGGUUACGUCAAGAUAAAGCAAAAUUUCAGGGAAUGUGUUGAGUUCAACAUCCGGGCACAUAUAUAUUGUUUUGAAGUAAAACCUGUAUAGUAUAAGUAUAGAAAACUUUUCAAAUCUUCUCUAUUUACAGGUGAAAGAUUUUCCGAACAAAAUCAAAUCAACAUGGCAACUGGCAGAAACCUUGGCAAGAGUAAUUUUCAUCCCUAUUCAACAUGCUGCUGUGAACUACCCAGUCACGUACUAUUCUGCCUUCGUUCCCAACAUGCCAUCGAAACUUUACGAAGAUCCCGGAAUGGCAUGGAAAGAUUUCUCGAUUCAUAGUAUACCACAAGCACAUGUCGCAACUGUAAGUAAAAAUUACUGAUCUCGUCAAUAGACUGGACAGGCAACUCGAUCUUUCCGAAAAACUGAGGCUUCUCAGGGCCUUUACAAAAUUGAAUACCUGAUUAAAUAUGGGCGCCGAAAAAGCGAGACUGUUACAGGUCUAUGACGGAAGCAAGUUUAAAUUAGAUAUGGACCACUUCACUUUAAUUUUCAAUUCCAAAAUCAAGACAAAGUCCGAUUUAUAGGGCCUUUCGAAUCCAGCGCAAUUACAGGGCUAUAUAGCAUCGAGUCAUUGAAUUUCUCAACUCGCGAACACACGUACACAAAUAUUAUUCGGACACUGCAGAGAAUCUGAAGAAUGAAAACGUGACUAGCCACUAGGUGUUUCAAAUCGUAUUAACUUAGUUUUCUCAUGUGCGAUACAUGGCAUAAUAACCUCCUUUUUGUGAAUGAUACAACGCAUGAAAACCUUGCCAUUGAUGAUGUACAAACGCCUUAUAAACCUUGGUAACUUACUUUUUCUUAUCUGUAUUCAUUAUUACAGCGAAUGGUUGGACUAAGCAUGGGCUUAGCAGCUAUGCGUUACGACAAUCUCUUCGAUUACCACCCACACCUACAACACAAGCAAGCCGCUCAACUGGUUGCAAAGUAUCACAAUUAUCUUAUGGGUCCGGUCUUGAAACAACUCAAAUCAAGAAACAAAAAGCGGUUCAGUGAUGGGCAUUUGACUUAUCCAUAUUUUGAACCUGGAUGGCUGCCGAACAGCAUUCACGUAUAAGGCUAUAUAAGCUAUUCUUGUUUCAUGAAGACAUUCAGUUUAGAUUUAGGUAUUUUGAACUUAUGUUAAUUUAUUUUUAUUUAAUAACUAUAGUCGCUAGUGUUUAGUGAAUAAAAAUGUGUUCAAUUGUAGUUGAAGAUUUCGUUGUGCAGACGGGUCACGUUAAACAGCUUGCAUAUCUGAUAUUGAUAAGGUUAAUCAAGAAAACUCUACCUUUGAGAGUUUGAACCGGCUCAAAGUUGAUGAGAGUUGGUAAGUCAAACGCGAGCGAUCGUUAUAACUUUCAUCGACC